AUGUCGGUUGACGGAGCGAGCCUCGGAGAGCAGUUACUUGAGGCGGCAAGGAGGAACAAUGUAGAGCUGUUGGAGGCAGUGGUGCGGGACGCCGGGCCAGAGAUUGAAGACCUGAUCAACGGGUCGCGAGACCCUCUGGGAAACACAUGCUUGCACCUGUGCUGUACGCAUGGUUCGUGGGAAGCGCUGGACAUGAUUCUGGACCUCGACUGCGCGAUCGAGGUGGACCCUCAAAACACAGCCGGGGACACGCCGCUGCAUGCGGCGGCGAGAUACGCGGCGGAGGAGCCGGAGCAUGCAACGUUUCUGGCGAGCAACCUGGUGCAGGUGGGGGCGGACCCGCGGGUGCGCAACAAGGCAGGGCUGCGGCCAGUGGAGCUGGUGCACGGGAGCGAGCUGGAGCCGCUGGUGGACGUGCUGCAGGGUGGGGAGCUGGCCUACGACACGCACGGCGAGGCGGUCAACGCGGACGAGAUCGAGGAGAUAGACGAUGAGCCGUCGGACUAG